AUGAAAAAAAUAUCACACCAUCAAUUAUUACGACAGUUGGGAAUUGAUUCAAGAAGAGUGUUGCUGCUUCCAUUCAAUACCAAGAAUUACUUGAUCGAGUCAAAUUGUACUGAAAGUAAUCGGAAUUUUCAACUCAUGCAAUACAGAACCUCUCAAAGCAGUAAGAAUGAUAUUUCAAAGUAUGGAGGUAUGAAUAACAAGGAUUGGGAUCAAUUGUGGAGAGAUCAAUCCACUCCUUGGGACACAAAACAGCCAUCACCAAUUUUAAGACAUUUGGUAGAAACUAUUUACAAAGAUCGAACAGAUAUUAAACAUGCUCUAGUUCCAGGAUGUGGAAAUGGCUAUGAUGCCGAUACUCUGUCAGCUUUAAAAUCAGUUGAGACAGUUAUUGGACUCGAUAUUUCAGAAACAGCUAUUGCAUCUGCAAAUACAAAAAAAUCCCAAUUUACUUAUGGUCAUCCAGACAAGGUCCAAUUUAUUUGCCAAGACUUUUUUGCGCUUGACAAAAAGUUUGACAUUAUUUUCGAUUACACCUUCCUUUGUGCUCUUCCGAUUUCGUUGAGAGAAGCGUGGGCACAACAAAUGAAAAAAUUGUUAAAUGACAAAGAUAAUGCAAAUGCAGAGCUUGUUACCUUAAUUUUCCCUCUUUCUAAAAGAACAAACACUGGAGAUCUUGAUACAGACAUUACAAAAGGUCCACCAUAUAUAUUAAGUUAUCCAGUAGUAGAAAAGUUGCUUGUAGACGCAGGCUUUGAAAAUAUUGAACAUUACAACGUACCAAGUCAAUUCAGCCAUCCAGCAAGAGCUAACAAUGAAAUUAUUGCCAGAUGGAAAGUGAAGAAAGUUUCCAAGCUAUAA